CUCAGCUGCAAGGGGAAGAAAGAAUAUUUGAAUUAGUUGUGGUCUAAACGUUAAAGGCAUGCAAUUCCCUCUGAGCUGGGAAACUUAGCAGGGUCAAGCCAUAAUAGUACUUGAAUGGGAAAAUGCCAACAAAUACCAGGCAUUGUAGGCUAAUUUCAAAGGAAGGAAUUGACAAAAUCACCUUGAUAAGAAAUUCAUGGGACUGACAUAAUGGAUGGGUGACUAGUUGGAUGACAACUCCAUGGAAAAAGUCUGUAUGGGGUUAAUCUAUAUGUGAUGGGGAUGUAGGCUGUGUGACCCUCCAGAUGCUGAUUUGCAACUUCUAUGACAUCCAGACAUUGGUUAAGGAUGUUGGGAGUUGCCAUCCAACAAGAUUUGGAGGGCUAUACACUGUAGCCUUUCUGUAUGCAGAACAGGCAGUAGGGGGCAGCAGUGCUCAAGCAACAAAGUGUCUGAUCUCUUCAUACCUGUAAAAGAGUUAAUACUAGGGCUUGGUUGUUUUGCUUGUGUAUUUGGCUUCUUCCUUUCAGAAGGAAAUGGGAUCCUGCCAUAGCUGCUUUCUUCACCAAAGCUUUCAUAUUCAUCUGAAUAAGGAAAAGGGAAGAGGUCCCUGGAGCUGGAGGAGGUAUCAAAGCAAUUGUGAGGAGCAACUCGCUGAGACUGCAAGAAUGGCACCGGGAGGCAUCUACAGGAAGUGUGAGGAGCCUGACCAUGCUGAGAUCGAAUCUACAAUCCCAGGAAAGGCAGAUAGUUUCCUCCUGAAGUACCGCACAUGUGUUUCAGGGAGAAGGUCCUUGCCCAUCCUCUAUGCUGUGAAUGCUGUCUUAGUUCUGCUAUGGAUCAUAAUUUUUGCAGUUACAAUUUCAAAAUAUUCUGAAAUGGCCAGGAAAUUAGAACAGCUGAAUGACCAUCAGGCUGUAUUGACAGCAAAUGGCUCCAGGAUGGAGAAGCAAUUGGAGGGACUCCGUUCCAACCACUCCAUUUUGGGAUCAAGGCUAACUGAAGAGCUGAAGAAGCUGGAGAGUCAGCAAGAAACAAGGGGAAAGGAGGUGAGCAAACAUCUGGCUAAUUUAGAUGCUGCAGAAGAAAGGAUCCAGGAAGAUACUUUUAAGCUGCUGGAAGCGCUACAUAAGAUGAAUGACUCAGCCUGCCGAGUUUGUCCAGAGGGCUGGCUGCUUAACAGAGGACACUGCUACCAUUUCCAAGAAAAGCAGAACCACUGGUCUCUUGCCAAAACAUUAUGUGAGGAGCAAGAGAGCUCUUUGGUUAUCAUUGAUGAUUAUGAAGAGCAGCGCUUUCUCACAUCUCACUCAAAAAAUAAUGUCUUGUGGAUUGGUCUCAGUGAUAUAAAUACAGAGAAUACAUUUGUAUGGGUGGACCGCAGUCCAGCAUCAUAUACCUAUUGGAAUCCACGGCAGCCCAACAACUAUGGCCAUGGGCAGGAUUGUGUCGUGAUGACCACUUCGGGCAGGUGGGAUGAUCGUGAGUGUGGAAGCAAUGCUGAUGGCUGGAUUUGUGAAAAGGCCUGGAAAUGCUAAUUCUGUGGCCAGCAAGAACACAACUGGAGCCAGCUUGACUCAGCUUGGGACUUUGUUGUCAUAGACUGUCAGUAAUGCAAACAUGGGCCUUCAUCUGGAUGAAACAUUUUAACCAUAACUUUGAAAUCUGUGAUUAAACUGGAGCAAUGGAGCAUCAGUGUCUCAGAAGAAAGAUACGAUUUGAUUACAGCUCUUUUCUAUUUGAUAUUCCUCCAUUCCUUGAGCUGGAGGUAAAUUCAAAGAAGUCAGUUUAAGUCCCAGAAUCUCUUUUUCCUGAUUUUCCAGUGAGAUUAAGCUGGUUCACAAUCAACUGUGUACGCUUGUGUAUUAGUCAAUCCCAUUUAUGUUGAGGAUGGGUCUUGAGCCAAAAUGUUGCAUAUUGAGAUGACCCACUCCACAGAGAGAGGAAAUGACCAGUGCCACUUUAGGGUAGCCAGCUGUUCCUGGCCACGGCAACCAAAAAGGUCCAGGUAUUCAAAAAGGCCCAGAACAUUGCCUGAAGGCCGACAGCAUUAUGCUCCCACCCUCUGCAUACAGUGAGUUGCACAACGCUCCCAGAGGGACACAAAUCCCCCUCUUUGUUUUUCCUGGGUGACCUAGAGGGGUGAAGUCAAAGAAGAUGCAAAUGAUCUCAAGUACUUUCUUACUACCAAAGGCAAGAUAACGCUAUAUUGAUCAACAUGGUCUCCAGGCUGGAUGGCACAGAUCUGUGGACGUCCCUACAUAUCCACCAGUGAUGUUUUUGAUGAGUAAUUGUGAACAAAAACUGUAUAUAUAUAUAUAACAACUGCACUAACUAAACUAAAGUAAACUAGACCAUCCAUACAAAUAAAGAUCUAAAAAGUAAAAUGACAGGAACAAAAUACCUGACUUCCAAUUUUCAAGCAUUAAAAAAAUAUUUAAUAUACUUUUCAUCCAUAACACAUGUUAUACUAUGGUAUGUAUGUCAUUAAAUGUAUUUUUAAAGCUUU